UUUCACUCUGCUGCCACUACCACCAACUACCACUGAUCAAUUCAUGGGUCGGUUCUGACCCGUCCAUUGGCAUGCAUGAGGCAAGGCAAUAUUUCUUCUGUUCCCUUGAUUCCUGGCGGCCAUCUCCUUCCUCAGGCUUGGGCUCUCAGGGUGCACAUGAUGCAAAAGGUGGUCCAUCCCUGAAUAGAAAAGACCGUAUUUUUAAGGUUCCUGAGCUGCGACGGCUGUCAGAGUUUGAGGCAAUUGCAAGCGCUUUGUUGGCAAGUUGCUGAAUCCUUCUCUUUGCUGGCCUUUAAAGCUCUUGAAAGCAAGGAUGAUGGCAGGAGCUCGGAUAGCACCUCAUCGUAAUUUUGUCGCUAGCAAUGGGGUCCUGAGCAGUGGUCAAUUGCGGGGCACAGAUUUGCGGCCACCUGUUCAACCAUGCCUCUGUGGUUUCAGUCAGCGGCUGUUCCGGAGACGUCACCUUGAUAUUGUUUCGAAAGGACAAUCAGCACAGAGUUUUACAACUGUCUUAUCUCAGCAGCCGUUGCAUUGUCAACCCGUUGGGGUUGAGCACAUGAACCAGGCGCGAGGAAGAAAAAGUAAGUUGCGCCUUUCAGCCACCGCACAAGCUGGCGGCCAAACAAACAGGGCCAACCUGCGGACUUGCAAGCAGUGCAAGCAACAGUAUGAUCCUGAAAGUAACCAUCCUCGGGCAUGUAAAUACCACACCGCCCACUAUGGAGGAGAGACGAGACGGAAGUUCGAAAGUGUCUACGAGGGGGGCACGCUGACAACUGCGGAUGGGGGCAAGAUAACAGCAUAUUGGCAUUGCUGUGGCAAUCAAGAUCCAACAGAUCCGGGAUGCGAAGCAGCGCCACAUAGAUCAUAUGACGAAUGAUUUAACCGUGACGUUUUGUCGAUGGAUUGUUUUCAGCCGUGUUGAAAUAGGGAGCUGUAAACGAGGUGGUCAUAAGAGGGUCACGUGCUCUUUAGAGUCUAUGCUACGUGCUGUAUAUUACUUGCUGGUCACUGGAGUUGGAGAAGCAAAUCAAGACCCGGGGUAUACUUACGUCUUGAAGGUAGUUGCGCAUCUGAAAUGGAAUCAUUUCGUCUCCUGGCAGUCCUAUCGAGUUCACACGUUAGGGGCCCCGCUCUACUCCGGUACUACAUUUUCGAAGCUUCAAAUGGGGGAGGUGCUUGGCUAUUGGGACUGUUGCGGAGCGACUGAUAAUGCGCAUCCAGGUUGUGUCGAGGGACCCCACACGUCGUAUGAGGAUCUAUGAACUUACAUGCUACUGCUUGUCGGCGGCUGUGCACCACGUACGUUCCACUUGGAUUGUAUGUAAUUUGCAUGGAGGUUAUUCUUCGCGUGCAAAAGUUGGCCAACUCGUCAUGGU